AGAGAUGGAAGCGUUCAAUUCGUGCAUCGAGAGCUGCCACACAAUUAAAGCACUAUUGCCAGAAUGGUGCAAUCAUCGUGUCAAAGUUGAAGAGGAGCUGCGUGAGCUUGCGCACCAGUUCGAAGAGUGGGAAGUGGAAGCAAUACGAAUUGCAAUUGGUUCGAUGGCUACAGGCAGUGAUGCCGGGGAAGGGUCAAGCGAUGGUGCACAACUACCCACUGUGAUGAUACAGAAGAUUCGGAAACGCAGGGGAGGCAGGUUCCGCAGGAAUUCCCAAAGGAAAGGGUUCGUGUUCAAGUUUGUCUGCAGUGAUUCACUUCGAAAACGCAUAGACGACACUGUAGCACUUCUGGAGAAGGAUAAAACUUUGACGGAGAAUCUCAUCAAAGCUAUCGAGACGCUCAAAGAAAAGGAAGUUCUCUUUUUAGAAAAGAUCGAUUAUGGCAGUUUUGAGGAAUCCCGAGAUUUCCUAGUGCCAAGUGAUACUGAUGCCUACACUUUGCUUGCCGUUGUAUGGCAUCUAAGUCGCCAAAACUUUUUCGAGCCCGAUUUUCUUUCCGACAUGCUCUGUAUGUUGGUGGAUUUAAAAUUGUCAUUGCAACUCGCCGAAGCUGUCAGAAACAUUAAGAAUUUGGCUGUAGAAGGUUCUCGAUGUCGCUGCCAAGUUCCAUCCCAGCUUCGCAGUCUCGCUGACAGUGCCAAAUGGGAAUGUCAGCAUUUACGUCACUUGAUCAUGGAAUAUCUACCAAUACCGUGAUUUCAAGUUGAUAUCUUCCUGUGUAUCUCUACACCGCUAUUAUGUUGUAUCUCAUUACGUGCCGUAAUUCACCUUGCACUAUUUAAGCAAUGGUGGAAUACCAUAUACUCGUUAUUUACUCCAUGACAUGUCCCAUAAGGCUAUAUACGUUUUUGUAUUUUCUGACUGUACUGCUUCGCCAUGGGGUUCAAAUCAGCUUCG